AUGCCUUCUGCCUCAUCUCCAAUUGCAUUUCCGCCGAGCUCCCCUCCACCGGCUGGUAAGCGUCCCUUGCCUGUGAAAGCCGGCGAACCUCGAAAACCAAGAGCUAUCGGUGGCUUCCUCAUCGACGAGGAAUCAGACGGCGAUGAUGACUUCUCGCUCCCUGAACCUGCACCCAAGCGAAGGAUGUUAAAUGCACAACGGCCACUGAGCCCUGAGACACAGCAGCUUACAGAGGAGAGUAUCCUGGACCCAGCUCAGCAAAAGACAACUGGUGAGCUCUUGGUGGAUAAAGAUAGGCCUCCAGAAAAUCAAUUACCUGAUGCGGCUCGAGUAGCACCCUCGUUCUCCGUUCCUAAUUUUGGGCCCACAGAGGAUCGAGUUACUGCUCCAUUGCCGUCUUUUCUACGUGGUAGACCGACCAAGAAUACCGAAGUUGUGACAUGCUCUGGAAAAUCGACCUCCGUACAACAAAGAAAAAAGACGGCUGCAGUUCCCUUCGAGCAAUUGGUGGCGGCAAGGUCGACUACAAAGGCUGGACGCGCAAAGAAGAGCUAUUAUGGGAUUGACAUACAUCAAUUAAUUGACGACGCUUCUAAAGAGACAGAGAAAGAGAAAGCAAAACAGGGCAAGGCCGCGGAGGAGAUUAUACCUUCAGUGGAACAGCCAGGCCCCAAGAGAAGAGUUGGCAGAACUUUAAUGUGGACAGAAAAAUACCGAGCGAAGAGCUUCAUGGAACUCGUAGGCGAUGAUCGGACACAUCGUCAAGUUUUACGAUGGCUGAAGGCAUGGGAUCCUAUAGUCUUCCCAAAGUCUAGCAAGGCAAAAUCAACUGCUGGAAAACGGCCCGGAGCUGAAGAGGAGGAAGAAAAGCCUCAUCGGAAAAUCCUAAUGCUAACUGGCCCACCCGGUCUUGGUAAAACGACUCUAGCACACGUCUGUGCCAGACAAGCUGGUUAUGAGGUUAUGGAAAUCAAUGCAAGUGAUGAGAGAAGCCGAGACGUCGUGAAGAACCGAAUAAGAACCAGUGUUGGCACAGAAAGUGUUAAAACUGGGUCGACCAUAACUUCGAAAACCGGGCAUGUACAGAAGAUAGCCCAUCCUUUGUGUGUUGUGGUGGAUGAAGUUGAUGGAGUGGUCGGAGGAUCUGGCAGUGCAGGUGAAGGUGGUUUCAUCAAAGCCUUAAUUGAUCUUAUUCUUUUGGACCAGAAGAACUCCUCAAUGGUCGGAACGAAUACAGGCUACUCUCGGAAGAAGAAGAAGGGCGAUGACUUUCGACUUAUGCGACCUCUAAUCUUGAUAUGCAACGAUAUUUAUCAUCCAUCGCUGAGGCCUCUACGCCAAUCCAGCCUUGCAGAAAUCAUUCACGUCCGCAAGCCUCCUCUGGACGCUGUUGUUACUCGCAUGAAAUCUGUUUUUGAGAAAGAAGGAGUGUCUUGUGAUAGCGAUGCAGUACGCAGACUAUGUGAAGCUACUUGGGGAGUCGAUGCCACGGAAUCUCGAAAAGGGAGAGAGGGUGCCGGUGAAGGAGAUCUUCGGGGAAUAAUGGUAGUUGGGGAGUGGGCGGCAGGGAAACUGAAGGCCUCGAACAAGGAUGGGACUCCUAGGUUGACUAGGAAAUGGGUCGAACAGAAUAUGACGAGUGAUCUCUCACAUGGUGGAGGCGGGGCAAGAGGGGCUGGGAGAGGAGGUGUAAAGGAGGUGGUCAACAGAGUCUUCCUAGAAGGCGCCGGUUUCCCAAAAUCGUUGAAUUCUAAUGCGCUUCAUGGCGCUUCAGAUGAUCAACCAAAGACACCGCUUGGUGUAGCAGAGUUGGUUAAGAAGGCCGGAAUGGAUAGGCUACGAGAGAUGGUUGAUACAAGUGGCGACAUAGAUCGCAUCGUGACCGAUAUCUUCUCCGAAUACCCAAAUCAACCUUUCAACGAUGAUUCCAUACUAUCCAAACCCGACGCAGCCUAUGAAUGGCUUCACUUCCACGACACUUGCUCUUCUCGGGUUUUCUCAAGCCAAGAAUUCGAACUGGCACCUUAUCUCAGUCAACCGGUCCUAGCUUGUCACCACCUCUUCUCCUCGCCCGCGCGACACUACUUCGGCGGAGGGAGCGAGCCAAAGAAGUGGGAUACAGAAGAAGAGACAGAAGAGCCUCGUCCUUUCUCCGGGCCAAGAGCAGACUACUUUGCUCGUGAAGCAGAAAAGCUGAAUCGGGCAACGAUUCUGACACUGCAGACAAGCCUUAACGCAAUGCUUCUACGAAGUUUCAGGAGUCCGGAAGACAUUGCUACGGAUCUACUUCCGUAUAUUGUCAGAAUGCUCACUCCAGAUAUCAAGCCGAUCAUUGUCGGUGGGAGUGGCGACCAAAAAGGCAUUGCUAGUGUAAGAAAGGAGGCAGAGAAAGCUCUGGUGAAGAGAGCUGUCGAUGUCAUGGGCGGUUUAGGCGUCAUCUUUGAACGUGGUAAGCUAGAGGGCGACUUUGGGAACAGGGGCGCUCAAUGGGUGUACAGAAUGGAGCCACCUUUGGAUACGUUGGUCACGUUCGAGACGGCUUCAGUUUCCGCUACGGCGCCCGCCCCUGUACGCUAUGCUGUCCGUCAAGUGCUCGAUCAGGAAUACCAAAAGAGCAUCAUCGUCCGCGAGAACGCGGCACGCCAAGCUCGGUACAAAGCAGGAAAUCCCCAGGACGAAGCAGAUUUCUCCUUCGCCAAUAACAAAGAGAAUAAAUCGCAACACGUUGAGGCAGGGGCGCCCCUUACGAAGCGAGAUUUCUUCGGUAGAGUGAUCACCGAGGAGAUCUCGCCGCUUCAAGAGGUCGAUGGAAACGCUGAAACGGAUGCGAAGAAGAGAAGGAAGCAGGAUGGGAAGGGUGACAUCAAGGUCUGGGUUAGUUAUCAUGAGGGGUUUUCAAAUGCUGUUAGGAAACCGAUCACGAUCGAAGAGUUAUUAAGAGGGCUGUAG